AUGGAGGCCACGGAGGUGCCCAUCCAGGCCGAGAUGGUGGAACUAGUGCCCAACGGGAAGCACGCUGCAGCACUCAACACAUCCACUGUCCCUUCGCUGGCAGGUGACAGGUUUGACGAGAACCAGUCCAGCGCAGCAGAGCUAGAGGAGUUUCUGCCUCACGGCACUGAGAAGAAGCAGACGCACUUCACAGAUUUCGAAGGGAAGACGUCUUUUGGGAUGUCCGUGUUCAAUCUCAGCAACGCCAUUAUGGGCAGCGGGAUCCUGGGGCUGGCGUAUGCCAUGGCCAACACAGGCAUCAUCCUCUUCCUCUUCCUCCUGACAGCCGUGGCCCUGCUCUCCAGCUACUCCAUCCACCUGCUGCUGAAAUCUUCAGGCAUCGUGGGGAUCCGUGCGUAUGAACAGCUCGGCUACCGAGCCUUUGGCACACCAGGAAAGCUGGCUGCAGCCAUUGCCAUAACGCUGCAAAACAUUGGAGCCAUGUCCAGCUACCUGUACAUCGUCAAAUCCGAAGUGCCUCUCGUCAUCCAGACAUUCCUCAACCUGGAGGAGAAGACCACGGACUGGUACAUGAACGGGAACUACCUGGUGAUCCUGGUUUCCAUCACCGUCAUCCUGCCCCUGGCCCUCAUGAAGCAGCUGGGCUACCUGGGCUAUGCCAGCGGCUUCUCCCUCAGCUGCAUGGUCUUCUUCCUCAUCUCGGUCAUCUACAAGAAGUUUCAGGUGCCCUGUCCUCUCCUUGCACAAGACAUGAACAGCACGGGCAGCCUCAACUACACGCUGGGCAGCACCACCCACCACCAGAAYGACUAYCCCGUCCUCCAGGCCCCUGAGAAGGGCACCUGCACCCCCAGCUUCUUCACCCUCAACUCCCAGACGGCGUACACCAUCCCCAUCAUGGCCUUUGCCUUUGUGUGCCACCCCGAGGUCCUGCCCAUCUACACGGAGCUGAAGAACCCCUCGAAGAAGAAGAUGCAGUGCAUUUCCAACAUCUCCAUUAUGGUCAUGUACCUCAUGUACUUCCUGGCUGCCCUCUUUGGCUACCUCACUUUCUACGGCCGCGUGGAGUCRGAGCUGCUGCACACCUACAACAAGGUGGACCCCUUUGACGUGCUGAUCCUGUGCGUGCGGGUGGCCGUGCUGACAGCCGUGACACUCACAGUUCCCAUCGUGCUCUUCCCGGUGCGCCGGGCUAUUCAGCAGAUGCUGUUCCAAGGCAAGGACUUCAGCUGGGUCCGUCACAUCAUCAUUGCCGUGAUCCUGCUGACCUUCAUCAACCUGCUGGUCAUCUUCGCCCCCUCCAUCCUUGGCAUUUUCGGCUUGAUCGGUGCCACGUCCGCUCCCUGCCUCAUCUUCAUCUUCCCUGCCAUCUUCUACAUGCGCAUCAUGCCCAAGGACAAGGAGCCUCUGCGCUCCCCACCCAAGAUCCUGGCAGCCUGCUUCGCCCUCCUCGGGGUGCUCUUCAUGAUCAUGAGCUUGAGCUUCAUCAUCAUCGACUGGGCCACGGGCGGGGGCAAGAGCGGCGGCAGCCACUAGCUGUCCCUGGGGGCCCAGACCAAGCUGCCCCGCCGCACCGGUGCCCUGGGAAGCAGCAGCCCCAGGGCUGGCCCCCRACCCCACCGCUUGGACUGUACCACGACCCUCGCGCUGCCCACCGGGCACACGUAACGCCCUCCGCCCGCCCCGGCCCGACGGGGACGGGGUCCCGUGCGGCCCUGCACUCGUAGCGGCGGACAGAGCCCUGACCUGCGUGGGAGUCCCCGGGCUGUGCCAGGGAGGGGGGCGAGCCCCAGGCCGUGGGGGCAAUGCUCUGCCUACACCUCCCACACGUCCCUGCCCGCUGGGCACCUCAGUUUCCCCAUCUGGAAGACGGGGAGAAUGUUUCCCUACCUCACCAGAGCUGGCCAUGAGCUGGACCUCAUCUCUGCACCCAGAGAGCAACCGGCCACUGGCAGCAGGCACUGCCAAGUGCGUGUGGCAUGGGGGGACAAACGGGACCUCCCCAAUGCCAAGGGGAACUCAGACAACAGGGAUCUGCAGGGCUCAUGUCUGGGCGAGCAGAACAACCCCAGGGGGACCUGGGCAAACAGCUGGGCUCCCUGRGGCACGGCAGCAUCCUCUCUCCCUGAUGCCCCAUGGACAGUCAGCUCCCAUUCGCCCUGUCCCUCAAGGGUACUCCGGUACCUCUGGGAAAGGCAGUGCUGCCACGGAGGCCGCGCAGGAGCAAGCACUGUUGUGGGACCAGUACGCUGCUACCGAAGUUGCCGGGCCAGGAGCCGUGUCCCUGGGCUCAUCCCAACUGUCCCAGCACCCCCAAGGAGGGACACAAACUCGGGGCUGGCUCCAGGCCGGGCAAGGAGUGAGGGGCAGCUUUGGAGCCUCUCUCCUCCAUGCCCAUGGGUGGCCUGGAGCCCAGGAGCCAGGGUGAUGGGCACACGCGUGCUCGGAGCCGAGCCAAG